AUGGUUAGCGUCAAAGGGCGCGAAGUAGAAGAUGCUAGACCGCGCACAAUGUACUCCAGAGGCGAGGAAACGUGGUGCUCAAAUGUUGCCAAUAAAUCAACGGUUGUCCCGACCAACAGCGGUACAGAGAGCGCAACAACUUUGAGCGAAGCAACUACAACAGAGGUACCGGCAAACAUAACAACUUCAGCGACCCCAAAUCAAAAUAUUACGACGAAUGCAACACCAGCACCUGAUCAAAAUAUAACAUCUACUUCUACAACAACAACCGAACCACCUACCAAUACAACUACAACUUUACCUACCACUACAACUACAAUUCUACCUAAUAUUACCACUACCACCCCGGCACCGAAUACUACUACUCCAACAACCAGCAGCACUAGCUCCACCACAACAACCCCUGUCCCGGACAACAGCACAACUACAACCACGACUACAACUACCACCACAACGGCUGCACCGCCAACCCCCCGGCCACCAUGUAAUCACUUUGAUUUUCCUUCCUUCAUUGGGGGCAUUGUAUUGACUCUGGGCAUUUUGGCCAUUAGUUUGGUCGCCUACAAAUUCUACAAGGCACGCAAUGAGCGCAACUACCACACCCUUUGAGCCGCCACUGCGUUUACGUCGGCAUUCAAUGCAGCAGCCGACACAGCGCCGUCCAACUCAAACAUAGACGUAGAACGUGUCCGUUUCGUACAGCCCUCGUUUCCGUUACGAUCACCACCCCCACCCCCUCCAUCGGCAGAGUCCGCCGGCGCAGCUCCACCUUCGUCACCAUCCAUUCGACAACGGUUGCUGCAAACAUAAUUAUUAAAAACUGAUAAUAUUCAGAUGCAAUUAAAGUAAACUAUGAAUACAUAUGUAAUGUAUUGUAAUUUCUUUCCUUUCCUAAUAACAAGCUAUGUGUGUAUGCAUAAGCAACAGCAGUAAUUAAUAACUUUUUCUGCACUCUAUGUAAAACCAAACUACAAACGCGUAGUUAGACGAUACUUUAGAACAAACAAAUAGAUUCUCGUGUUUUCUCUGCUAAUGCCCUAAAGAUAGUAUAUUGAAGGUUGAGAGGAAAAAAAUUGCUAUAUGCUGAACAUUAGCCGAUUAACUGCUUGUUUUUACGUGUUAAUUGAAUAUAAUUAUUUAUACUAUAUUUACGGUGCAUUAUUAAAGACUUUUGACUAAGAAAUACAAAAAACAAAAAAGUUUAAAUAAUUAUAACAUAUUUGAGACUGCUUCAUUAGAAUGAUGUCUGAUAAAAUCUGAAUGUUAGCGCUAUCGAACACGCUUCAUAAAAAAAUGUCUACAGUUCUUUAAACUAACGUAACGAUGAGAGCGAUAAACAUGCAAUUUGGUUUCUUAGUGGGUGCCGGACUUAUUAGCGAUUCUAUGUCAAGAGACGCAAGUAAUUUGGACUUUGUCUUCAAUUCUUCUAAAAGUUGGUUUAUUUGUAGGCUGAGUAUAAGAAAUAAACGGAAAAAAUUUUGAAAUUUUCUCAAUGUUGAAUAUUUUGAUAUAUACUAAUAUAAAGUUAAAUAUCUUCGGUCUUUUUUAACAUUUGUAUAAUUUUUAAGAUAAAAUAUUUAGAAAUAAAUUUUUUUGGGAAAGAAAUUAUGUUUUUUUUUUGUUUUAAAACUUUUUUUUUGCGUUUUUGAGAAACAUUGCUACUGAUUUUUUGGUUUUGUUAUCUAUUUAUAGCUGAGACUAUACUCAGUACACCAGUUUUAUAAGGGGAUUCCCAUAAUUUUUCGAUUUAUAUUCAAAUACGAAAAAAAGUGUUGUUGUUCUUGUAGCAGUAUAAACAUUCCUCACACAUAUUUUGGAAAUGCUGCUGGAGUGACAGUCCCUGGCUAGGAAUACAUCUGGGUCGUUUCGGCAAUCGAUUUGCAACCGGGCGUAAAUAAAAUAGUAGGAUCACUUGACAUGGAGUCGCUCUUGAAAGAUAUAUAUUUUAUGUCACAUUCAUAAAUAAAGUUUCCUAAUGUGAAAUAAAAUAAUGUAUUGGCGGUGUUUUGCUUAUCACAAAACACAUAAUUUUUGGUAAUUUAAGUGAGAAGUGUAGAUAUUUGUUUUAAUAAAAUAAAAUCUUAUAAAUAUUUAGAAGAAAAGCAUACAUGCAUGUCAUAUUGAAUAUACAUAUGGAUGUAAUAUGCAUUAAUUUACUACCACCUGCUUAGAUGUAUGCAAGUCAACUAAUACUUUGUUCAUAGGUGCGACAAACACCUGUUUGAAUGUAUUUACUUCUUAUUCGCAUAUAGUUUACUUUAUGGUUUGAAUAAAUCUCCAAAUAUAACAUGCAA